AUGGAGCGAUUUCUAGAGAACAUGCUGACAUACGUGAGUCGAGAGGAGCCUAUUCGGCACACGACCACGGCAUUAGAGCUAUACCGACAUUUGAGACCCCCUGUGUUCAAAGGAAGGAUUGGUGAUGAUCCUAGCUCAACUGAAUAUUGGCUUGAGCAGAUAAAGAAACUACUACAACACCUUCAGUGCAGUGAAGAAGAGAAAGUUAGAUGCGCGACCUAUACGUUGGAAGAAGAAGCAGGUCGGUGGUGGCGGUCUACCGAGCGUUCGAUGAUAAGGUCUCAACAAGAACGCGAGGAAGAAGAUGAAGAUGCGCCAAUGUAUACUUGGGCGGGAUUCAAGGAAGAGUUUAACGCCAAGUAUUUUCCCAAGAGCUGGAAGGAAGAAAGAAUCUGGGAGUUUAUGAGGCUCAGGCAAAUGGAUGAGAUGUCUCAAGUUUUAAGUGGAUGGGACAUUGAAACCUACAAAGAAGCAUUGCACCGAGCUUUAACCAUUGAGAGGAAUCUGACGCGGGCCAAGAUAAUCAAUUCAGAGGAAGGAAGGAAGGACGGUAAACCAGGAAGUUCGAUUACUCGACCAAGGGACGACGGGAAGUCCCCUCGAUGUAAGAGGAAACACCCUGGGAAAAUGUGUGUUUUGAGAUGCUAUGGGUGCGGCGAAGAAGGCCACAUCAGGAGAAACUGCCCAAAAAUUAAAGCAACGCCCCAAGCUGGGUAUCAGGGAAAAGUGGUGUGCUACAACUACGGUCAACCGGGACAUAUAUCGCGAGAUUGCUUGAAAAGGCAGAAGAUGGAACCACCGAGUGGAAGUGCACAAAAUGUUCAUCCGGAUCGGGUGUACAAUCUAACUUGUGAGGACGCUGAGGCUGAUCCUGCAGUUAUUGAAGGUACAUUGUUCUUCUCAAAUACUCCAGUUCAUGCUUUAAUAGAUCCGGGUGCUACGCAUUCAUUCGUUUCGCAUGCAUCAGUAGAAGGUUUAAAGUUAGAACCUAGGGAAUUGGGCUACCAAAUGGUAAUAGCUACACCGAUGGGUUCGACCCUAAGAACUACGGUGGGGUGCCGUGGGUGUAUUUUCAAUAUGGGAGGGGAAAAUUUCAAGAUCGAUUUAGUGGUGUUAGACAUUCAAGAUUUUGACAUAAUUAUAGGAAUGGAUUUUCUAUCGCUACAUGAGGCUAAGAUAGAUUGUAAGAGUAAGACCGUGAGCUUACCCAAGUCGAACGGAGAGUGGAUCACGUUUCAAGGCCAGGGUAGGAAGAUUAGGAGGGAACGUGGCGUGACUUUGCAAGCAUUGCAAAUAGCCAAACCCGAAUCAAGAAAGAAAAGUCUCGAGUUGGAAUCAGUGAGGGUUGUGAAAGAGUAUCCUAAGGUUUUUCCCGAGGAAUUACCAGGAUUACCUCCCCAAAGAGAAAUUGAAUUCUCGAUAGACCUUGUAUCAGGUACACAGCCAAUAUCCAUACCCCCGUACAAGAUGGCUCCAGCUAAGAUGAGAGAGUUGAAGGAGCAGUUGUAA